CGACAGAUCUGGCAACUCCACUUGAAGGGCCUUUCAGAUUGAGGAAAAUUAACAAUUCUUGAAAAUUUCUGUAAACUUUGAAAAGAAUCUGGUCUAAUUGCAGUCUUUUGUUUACCGUAGCUGUGUAAUAAUAAAAUAUACUUAUGAGGAAAGGAACUACGUAAAGAGUAGAGCAAGUUAAUGUACAAUAAUUGCAGGCAGUGGCUGUAAAAACUUAACAAAGAGGAAGAAUACCAUUGUAACUGAUAGAAAAAACUGCAGACGGGACAACGGCAGGCAAAGCAACGUAGCAGAAACAACACAGCGUUACACAAAUAUAAAGACGAACUAUGGCAAAGGAAAACGAUGAGGUGCAACAUAACAACAACAACAGCUGUAGUGGCAAUGGCACCAACAAUAACAGCUUGGAUUCCCUUCCCGUAAGCGUAGGUGUGACGUUGACGUCGAAUGCAGGAGAAGCGACAAAUGCGCUGACAGAUUGUGCAGCUGAGAUGACAGUAGACGGUGGCGCAGUGGAAAAUGGUGACAAGAACAAGGUCAACAGCGCAGGCGGUGGCGAUUGUGCCAGUGCCAGCUCUGGAAGCAGUCAGUUCGCGACGACGACGACAACAUUUAUGCGCGGCAAACUUAACGAUCUAGUAGCUGAUCUUUGUAUCAACGGGCCGAUGGGAGGCAAUGACAACAAAGAUGGUUAUGGGGAUUACACAACCGAGCGAACAACAGCUCAUGUAAAUGCCACGACGCAACAAAUAAAUGCUGGCUCAACGUGGGAAUCUGCCAGCAGCAGUACCACUACACAGUCUGUUUCACAACCACAUGUGGCACCGACCCAGAAUACAUCUUCUUUUUCUUUCAAACACUUUUUGAGCAGCGGUCCGCCGCUUACAGCGCCUUCAAGCACUGUUACAGUCACAACAUUAGAUUCUACAGCGUCCAAUUGCGCCAACGGUUCUCAAAGCAAUAACGCCACAGCAUCCAAUAGCGGUGCCUCAAAUCAAACUUCGACCGGCGCACGUCCAAAAGUUCCUCAGUCAGCUUCGCUGUCAAGUACGGCAAUAUCGUCACUAAUAUCCGGCGGUAGUGGUGGCUUGUCAGCAACAGCAGGCGUAGGCCAGCAGGAUAGCACAUCAGCAACAAAAAUGAAACGUUCACCACGAUUUUCCUCAUUCGACUCGCAGGCGAGUCUGGCAGAAUACGUGACAGUGGGUGCGGAUGCGGAAAUAGAGGGCAUAGGUAGCAAGGGAUCAAGUGCAGUAAGGGGAGUAGGUGUGGGCGCCAAUGCCAGCUCCGGUUUUCGACUCUACCCAGAGAGCAAUUUCUUCUCGUCGUCCACACGUAUAAGCCGCGGCAUGGGCGAUGGCGGUACGGGUGCAAGUAAUACAGGCGAAUACGAUCGACACCAAUACGUACCACGAUCAUAUUCAAAUUAUGAAAUGCCUAUGUCGUCCACAUCGGCUUCGCCACGGCGCCGCGCAGCAGUUACAAACAUCAGUGGUGUUAGUGGUGGUGGCACGAGGGACGCGCGACCCACACGCCUGGCCUUAAACACAAAUUCGUCCAAAUCGAAGGUCAACUUGCCACUUGGUGAUAUGAGCAGCGGCGCGUGCGGUGGUAACUCUGUAGCUGCCGCACCGCCGGUUACCCGUCCACUACCCAGCAAUGCAGGUGAAUUCCCCGCCGGUGUGCUGCCCGACUUUGUGCAAGAUCAUUGGCUAGAGUCGUGGUAUGCACAUGAUAUGCAUCUCAAUUCCCCGCCUAACUCGCCUACACGCGAUUUUAGUGAUGUCGAUGUAGCAGGCGGUGCCGUCGGCGGCGGUGUUGGCAAUGGUGGCGGCUGCGAUGUGACUGGUGGAAAUGAUGUAAGCGGCGGCAAUGGUAUACCCGGUCCCUCACAAGCAUAUGGUGGAGUAAGCGCUUGCGUUGGAGGAGGAGGUGCCACAGCUGAGGCUACCGCAAGCAAUGCAAAAAUGUUGCCUGAUUUCCUCUCGGAUGGACCAAUAAUACAUUCUUCGCAACGACUAGCUGAUGUGGCUGUCGGUUUGCCAUCAAAUUCCAUAGGUUCGCCAGACGAUCCACCAAUCUCGUCCCAGCUAUCGAGGCUACGUAUUGAAAAUGAUCGCUUGCAGCGGGAAUUGAAUGAUGCACGCAUUGCACUGAAUGAACAGACACGGCGUGCAAAUGACUUGGAGCAUCAGCUGCAGACGCGAGAAUUACAACAACAGCAGCAGCAACAACAGCAAAAGGUAGAAGAUGCGGGAACAAAUGAGCGUGUAGAAGGUUUAACAGAUAGAAGUAAACGCACCCGAACAGCAGCAACACCAGGGUCGACUACGUCCCAAAAUUAUGUUAUAAAACUAAAACAGCAAGUGACACAAUUGAUGUCGGAAUUGGAAGCAGUGCGACGUGAAAAUGAGAUGUUGCGCGAAGAGGGCGCCGUAGGUGGUUUCAAUGUAACAUGCUGUGAUCGUUCGCGUUCAUUCGCGACGGAUGCUAGUGGUUCCGCUGCUGGUGCUGCUGCGGCUGGAGCAAGUGCUGGUGUACGUGCCACUGUGGGUCGACCGUCCAGAACACAACAAAUAUCAAGGGAUUUGCUUAGGGCUGCAUCAAAUGCAGAAAAUAAUCUGAGGCAACUUCUUGCUGGUGUGGAUAAUUUGCGUCAAAUGGCGGCUGACAUAGAGAAUUCUGAACUGCGGCUGGGCUAUGAUGUCAGUCCCGAUUUGUUUUCAGAUUUUCUAGACGAAUGUGAUGAUUUUGAGGACUAUUCGGAUGGCCCAACUUUGUAAUUUUGUAUGCAGCAUUGUUUGGGUUUAACUUUUCCAUCGGGUAUACUAUGAUAACAAUACAAAAAAUAAAUAUUUUCUUUGGCGAAGCGUUCAACUCAACUAUACAACACAUAAUUAUGCAAUAUAAUACAUACAUAAUCAUCGUGUAUGCAGUAAACUUAAACUAAAAUAAAAUAAAAACAAAAUGCAUGCAUAUACUCUGAUGCAUAGCGGAUAAAGAAACAAUCAUGUUCACUAAAUACAUACACAAUUUGUAUUACAUAUUCAUAUAUUCAUGUAAACGCAAAUUUGUUGCAAGAUGCAGCUUGAUUUGUAAAUAUUUUUUGUCGCUUUGCGCAUUCUUACUUUUACUUUUCCAAGCAAUACAAUGCCUUUUUCCUCUCUCGCAGAGGAUAGGACUAAAUAAAUUAUCGCGCGCACACACACACAAGGGAAAUAUAAACGAACAUAACUGCUGCAAUAAACCCUAUAAAGUAAAUAAGUUUUAGUGCUGUAUGAAAAAAAUAAAUAUAACUAUAUGAUAGCGGAUAUGGCGGUAAAUAUUAUUAUUGGUAAAAUAUUGGAAAUAGUUACACCAAACUUAUUAACGACAACAGCGAAAACAAUAAUUCUUGUUUUUCAGCACCUUCAAUUAUGUUUUUCCUUUUUUUUGCAAAAUUUGCAGCGUCCCGACAAACUUGCAGGUUAGACAACGAUUAGAAAACGAAUCGAAUUCUAAUGUAGAAGGUUAGAAGGUGAUCAGAGAAAAUGUCGAUAAUAUAGUUCUCAAUAUCGAGAAAAAGGUUGAAUUUAAAUCGGUUUCUUAUGCUUAGUGCUUUUCUAACCAUUCUCUAAUUGAAUUCUAACAUAAUGCUCUAACCUGAUUUCCGAUUCGAGAACUACUUUAGAAUUCUAAAAUCAAAAUAGUUCUCUAACGUUAGAUACUGUUUGCUGGGGUAAUGCUAUGAAAAUGUUAACUGCAAAACGUUUAGUUAAACUGUGCGUUUAGUAAUUACAAAGCUGAUCUUUGUAUAGAACGCGUAGAAACUGAAGCGCGCGUAGCCUUUAUUGUAAAAAGCCAACAAGCAAUUAGUUUAUAUCGACGGAAAACCAUUAAAUGAAUCCGUAAAAAAUACCCAAAAUAUAGUGCAUACAAAAUAACUCGCAAACAGACGCACUUACAUACAUACGUACACACAAUUUUGAACGAAUUUGCAUAGGUAGCGGGCUAAAUGCAACAAAAUCCUACGAAAAAUCAAAAACAUUUUAAAAUGCUUUGUGAAUCCAUUAUUAAACACAUGCAUACAUACAUAUCUUUGUUUCUUAGUAUAUGGCUUGAGCGCCGAAAAGUAGGCAACCGAAUAUGAUAGAGUGCAGAGUAAUGGGGUUAUGAAAGUCUAUUUUGGGUUACUUUGCGAGUAUCACUUUUUUUGUAACAAAGGCAAUUUUUUAGUGCAACAUGACUUAAUUAUUCAAAUACUUUUUUAAUAACUGUAAAAAUGCCAAAUUCACUCCUUGUACCUUGCUUUAUUAUUUACUCCUAAGGGCCGACAAUUUCUUCUUUUCUUAAGUACAAUUUUAACCUGGCAAAGCCGGAACCUUCUUUAAAAAUGUUUCAUAUUUUUUCAUUUCCUCUCGCUUUGUCCGCGAAUUAUUUCUUUUUCUGAUACACUUUUUUAUACUGGCUCCAUACAACUCUGGCUGGAUCUGACAACUUUAUAAUUUGUAUCCUUGUUUAGGUUUUAUUUUACUUUAA